UGUUUCCAGGGCACUCGCACCACGAUGUUGCUGAAUCUACAUCCCCUGGAGAACCUCAAGUCCUACAUCAGCAGCCGGCCCCCUCUGGUGGUGUUUAUGGUCAGUGUCAGUGGCAUGGCCAUAGCUUUCCUGACUCUUGGCUACUUCUUCAAAAUGAAAGAGAUCAAAUCACCUGAAAUGACAGAGGACUGGAAUACCUUUCUCCUAAGAUUUAAUAAUCUGGACUUUUGUAUAUCUGAAAAUGAAACCUUGAAGCAUAUUCUUAAUGAUACCAGCCCACCAGAGAGUACAGUCACCACUGGCCAGGCUAGGUCAUCCACACAGACCCCCCAGGCAUUGGAAGAUACCGGACCUAUAAAUAUAUCUGUAGCCAUUACCCUGACUUUGGAUCCUCUGAAACCUUUUGGAGGCUACUCUCGUAACAUCACGCAUCUCAGCUCAACCAUUUUUGGUCAUCAAAUUGGACUUUCAGGCAGAGAAUCCCACGAGGAAAUGAAUAUAACAUUCACUCUGCCGGCUGCCUGGAACUCUGAUGAAUGUAUCCUCCACGGGCACUGUGAGCAGGUGGUAUUUACUACUUGCAUGACUGUGACGGCAGUGAGCAGCGUGUUCCCAGUCACUGUACAACCACCUCACUGCAUUCCCGAAACGUACAGCAAUGCCACCCUGUGGUACAAAAUCUUCACUACUGCUCGAGACUCUGGCACAAAAUAUGCACAGGAUUACAACCCUUUCUGGUGUUAUAAGGGAGCCAUUGGGAAGGUUUACCAUGCAUUAAACCCUAAGCUUACAGUUAUUGUUCCAGAGGAUGACCGCUCCCUUAUUAAUCUACACCUGAUGGACACCAGCUACUUCCUGUUUGUAAUGGUCAUCACUAUGUUCUGCUAUGCAGUCAUCAGAGGUCGACCAAGCAAGAUAAGGCAAAACAAUGCAGACUUCUGCCAAGAGAAGGUUGCUCUUUCUGAAGCAUAG